AUGUUGAUCAACAAGCCGGCCAUUGUUGCCCUCCUGGCUGUUGUCCAGGUUCUGGGCACGCCCAUCCCCAACGCCCACGACGACGUCCUCGUCCAGCGCACCGUCGCCGACACCAACGUUGAGGCUCGCACCUUCGGCCUUGUCAAGCCCAUCCUCUGCAAGGCCCUCGGCUGGUGUCUCCCCCACCUCUGCCCUCAGCCCGUCCUCAUCGGCGGUAACCCCGUCCCCUACCCGGUCGGCCCUUGGCCUGGACAGCCUGGAUGGGGUCCCAAGCCUCCUCCUGGCCCCGGUCCUGGACCCGGACCCGGCCCCGGCCCCGGUCCUGGUCCCGGUCCUGGUCCUGGUCCCGGUCCUGGCCCCGGCCCCUGCACUGGUGGCAAGGACUGCGGUGGUGGCGGCAAGCCUCCCCCCUGCAACGGCAAGGACUGUGGCGGUGGAAAGCCUCCCCCCACCGACCCUCCCCCCGGCGAGUGCAAGGACUGCCCUCCUGGUAGCACUCAGCCCCCUACCAGCGGCGGCCCUGGCACCACCCCCCCUCCUCCUGGCGGCAGCGGCGGCGGACAGCAACCCGGUGGCGGUGGCCAGCAGCCCGGUGGUGGUGGUCAGCAGCCUGGUGGCGGUGGCCAGCAGCCUGGAGGUGGUGGAAACCCUACCGACGGCGGACCCGGCAGCGGCCCUGGCUCGGGUGGUGGACAGACCGGCGGCGGCUCUACGGACCCCGGAGCCGGCUCUGGCGGCGGUGGUGGAUCUACGGACCCCGGUGCCGGCUCUGGCGGCGGUGGCUCUACGGACCCCGGUGCCGGCUCUGGUGGUGGUCAGACCGGCGGGGGCUCGGGUGGCAACCCCACUGACGGCGGCCCCGGCUCUGGACCCGGCUCGGGUGGCUCGGGCACGGGCUCGGGUGGCUCUACGGACCCCGGUGCCGGCUCUGGCGGCGGUGGCUCGGGCUCUGGUGGUGCCGGUGUCGGCGAGGGCGCCGGCAACCCGUCCGACGGCAGCAGCGACGGCGGCUCUGGAUGCGUCCCCGGCCAGAACGGCUGCGGCGGCGACCCCGCCAAGGACCCCGCUGCCUCGCCGUAG